AUGGUGGUUUUACGAAACGUUGCCAUUGUUGGGGCUAGCGGCAUAGUUGGAUCGUCCAUAUUGAGAGCACUCGAGGACACAAAACAACACAACAUCACUGUUUUGACCCGCUCAGCCAAAGGGCGCCAAUUUUCGCCAAACGUCACAGUAGUGGAAGUGGAUUAUGCAUCUUUCGAUUCCCUAGUCCUCGGAUUGCAAGGGCAAGAUGUGCUCAUCUCUGCCCUGGGAAAAUUUGCCCUUGAAAACGAGCGUCUGCUGCUCGAUGCUGCCUGCGCAGCCAAAGUCAAGCGGCUGAUUCCCUCCGAAUUUGGCGCCAAUCUCCUGAACCUCAAAACGCGCGCCUUGCCAAACUACAAACACAAAGUUGAUAUUCAAGAACGGCUUUUUGAGCUAUGCCACGAACAAAAGGCGUCCUCGAUGACCUAUACAUUGGUGUUCAACAAUGUUUUACUUGACUGGAGCCUAUCGAGCGGUCUUAUUCUUGACGUGAAAAACCAAGAGCUUCGCAAGUACGAUGAUGGCGACACCUUAUUUUCAACUACCCGAGUAUCCACCGUCGGGCGUGCAGUAGCUGGCAUCCUGCAAAAUUACGAUGCAACUGCCAACCGUGCUGUGUAUAUUCAGGACAUAGCGAUUACACAGAAUGAGCUUGUGAGCAUGAUUCAGGAAGAGGAAACGAAGUCUCUCUUUUCAGAGUUACAGCCUGCAUCACAAACUGGCCAAUAUCGCGAAUCAGGGACCGAGAGAGGUCUCCAUUUUCCAUCCAACGGCUGCUCGUCCCGGGGAUUGAAGGUUAGCCAUUUUGAUACUGCGUCUAUGGAGGAAGAAGCCAGGGCAGGCAUAGAGAGGGGGGCAGCGGUUGACUCGCUCUUUUAUUGUUUCGCUGCGCGUGCUGCCUUUGCGAGAGAAUAUGGUGGUUACUUCGAACACAAUGACAAUAGCCUGUUAGGACUACAAAGUUUCAGUCGCGAGGACCUCAGGCGUGUGAUUCGUGAGGCUUUGUCAAGCGCUACGGCGUAA